AUGUCCGAGCAACUCAUUCUGAAGGGUACCCUUGAAGGCCACAGCGGAUGGGUUACAUCCCUCGCUACCUCCAUCGAAAACCCAAACCUCCUCCUCUCCGGAUCCCGCGACAAGACCUUGAUCAUCUGGAACCUCACUCGGGAUGAUACUUCCUACGGAUAUCCUAAGCGGUCAUUGCACGGUCACAGCCAUAUCAUCUCUGAUUGCGUGAUCUCCUCUGACGGUGCCUACGCCCUCUCCGCUUCCUGGGACAAGACUCUCCGACUCUGGGAGCUUUCCUCCGGUACUACUACCCGCCGUUUCGUCGGACACACCAACGAUGUUCUCUCUGUCUCCUUUUCUGCCGACAACAGACAAAUCGUUUCCGGAUCCCGCGAUCGCACAAUCAAGCUCUGGAACACUCUCGGUGACUGCAAGUUCACUAUCACUGAGAAGGGACACGCCGACUGGGUUUCUUGCGUCCGCUUCAGCCCCAACCCCCAAAACCCGGUCAUUGUCAGCUCUGGAUGGGACAAGCUUGUUAAGGUCUGGGAGCUCAGCUCGUGCCGCCUGCAAACCGACCACAUCGGACACACCGGCUACAUCAAUACUGUGACCAUCUCUCCCGAUGGAUCUCUCUGCGCCUCCGGUGGCAAGGACGGAACCACCAUGCUCUGGGACUUGAACGAGUCGAAGCACCUCUACUCCCUUAACGCCGGCGAUGAGAUCCACGCCCUCGUUUUCUCCCCCAACCGAUACUGGCUCUGCGCCGCCACCUCCAGCAGCAUUAUCAUCUUCGACUUGGAGAAGAAGAGCAAGGUUGACGAGUUGAAGCCAGAUUUCGAGACCAUUGGUAAGAAGAGCAGAGAGCCGGAGUGUGUUAGCUUGGCAUGGAGCGGCGAUGGACAGACCUUGUUCGCCGGAUACACCGACAACAUGAUCCGUGCUUGGGGUGUUAUGUCGAGAGCUUAG